AUGUUAUUUAACGAAAAAUCAUUAAAAAUUCGCCUUCGUCUUUUGCCACAUGAUCAUGCACUCGUUGCAAUAACAUACAAUAAUAUUGGACUAGUCUAUUUUCAUCGAUGCAACUAUCAGAAAGCUCUGUACUAUUACGAAAAAACACGUUUGAUAGAAAAUGUUGCUCUCGGCUCAUCAGACUACUUUGAUCAUGCCGCGACGCUGAAUAACAUUGGGCUUGUACAUUUCGAACAAGGCCACUAUGACCUUGCGCUUCGCUUCUAUAAAGAUGCAUUAACCAUACGAGAGCGCUCAUUACCAGCUAAGCAUCUACGAUUUGCUGAAAGUUAUAAUAAUAUUGCCUCGCUUCAUGAAAGACUCGGUGAACUGAAUGAAGCGUUAGCCAUGUUUGAGAAAGCACUUGAAGUACGGUUUGCCGCCCUGCUACCUGACCAUCCACAAAUUGCUAUAUCUUAUAGCAAUCUUGCUAAUGUUCUCGAUGCAUUGGGUAGAUCUGAUGAAACUUUAGCAAACUAUUUUAAAGCGCUUAAAAAUAGAAAUAGUUCAUCACCAGAAGCUAUGCACUCAAGAGCAUUAUUCUUAAACAACAUCGUUGAACACUAUCGUGAUGAAAAAAACUGUGUUGAAGCAACCAAGUACCACCAAGAAGCGUUCAGAAUACGUCUUCAACUUUUUUCACGGAACAAACAUCCAGAUUUGGCUAUGAGCUACAACAACAUGGGCCUACUCUCCAUUGAUCACUGUAUGUUUGACAAAGCAUUGUAUUAUCUUCUUCGGGCACUGAAAAUUUAUCGUGAAAUCUACGACCUAGAACAUCCUCAAAUAGCCACGUCGUUGUUUAACAUUGGACUCGCCUUCUAUGAAAAAGAUAAAAAUGAAGCAGCACUAAAUUAUUUGCAACAAGCGCUUGAUAUUCAAACGUGA